CGGCCCGGCGCCCGCUGCAGUCUGCGGGGACGGGAGCGGCUCGGGAGGGACGCGGGUGGCCGCACACGCACACACGAUGCUCGCCUGGUGGCUGCAGACCGGGCCCGAGAAGGCCGAGCUGCGGGAGCUCAAUGAGCGGCUACACGACUACGUGUGCCGGGUGCGGGAGCUGGAGCGCGAGAACCGGCUCCUGGAGGACGAACUGCGCGGCCAGCGCGGCCAGGAGGGCGCGUGGACAUCGGUCCAGCAGGCCCGCUUCGCGCAGGAGGCGCGCGGGCUGCGGCGGCAGCUGGACGAGCUGAGCUGGGCCACGGCGCAGGCCGAGAGCGAGCGCGACGCGCUGCGGCGGGAGCUGGCCGAGCUGCAGGGCCAGGGCCGGGAGGUGCGCGCGGCCCGCGGCCGCCUGGACGCCGAACUGGGCGCGCAGCAGCGGGAGCUGCAGGAGGCGCUGGCCGCGCGCGCCGACCUCGAGGCCCUGCUGGGCCGCCUGGAGGCCGAGCGCCAGCACCUCGCCGCGGCCCACGAGCGCGACGUGCGGGAGCUCCGCGCGCGCCACGCGCACCUCCGGAGCUGCAGCGUCCGCGUCCGCACCGCCAAGCCGCCCCUGCGGGAGGUGCAGGCCGGCUGCGAGCGGCUGGUGGCGGCGGCGUGGGACGAGACGGUGCAGCUGUACGAGGAGCAGGUGCGCGAGCUGAGCGAGGUGCUGCUCCGCGGUCAGGAGGACCGUUGCCGGGCGGAGGAGGAGGCGCGGCGGGGCGCGCAGGAGGCCGAGGCGCUGCGGCGCGAGGUGCUGGAGCUGGAGCAGCUGCGGGAGCAUCUGGAGGACGAGCUGCUGAGGAUGCACCAGGCCUACGAGCUGCAGGCCGAGGAGCGGCAGAGAACCAUCGACUGCCUGGAGGAGGAGAAGGCAGCCCUGACCUUGGCCAUGGCUGACCGGCUGCGAGACUGUCAAGAGCUUGUGCAGGUGAAGACCGGCCUCAGCCUGGAGGUGGCUACUUACCGAGCUUUGCUGGAAGGAGAGAGUAAUCCAGACCUGCUCAUCCUCACGGAGCGCCUGGAACGUUUGCCACAAGAGUUCAGAAAAUCCAUCUACAAAUACACCACCUCCCCGUGGCAGCGCGAGAACCAACGGAACCUCCUUUCCAGUCAGAAGGCAUCUUGGACAAGCUCGUACCGUCCCCGGCAGGCUGACCCCGCAACCCGGCGGGGUAUCUCCAGCUCUUUCACCACGACCGCAGACACUUAUAGAAUAUUCAACGGGGAGACCAACCUGCAGACCUUCCCUCCCAGCCGUGGCCUUUUGAAGCUCCCCGCAGCUGUGCUGGAAACGUCCCCCAGGAGACCAGGAGCCCGAGGGGCAAAGACUGGCCCCCUACACAUAGCCAGGGAAGUGGCGGUGGUCCGCGAGCCGUCCCCGGCACGCCGGGCAGAUGGGACAGCCAAGGAGAGGGUCGUCGUCUUGGAAAGGAAAGUGGAGACGCAGGGGCCGGAGAGCAGGCGUGGAGAGAAGACGAUUGAGUCCAAGGAGAGGGCAUCGGAGGCGCGGAACCUGCAAUGGGAGGGCCUGACCAAGCUGGACAAAGAGGCACGCCAGCGGGCGGUUGGGCAGCUGCAGGAGAAGACCAGAGAGAGGACGCCCGAGCGGCCCAAGAGUGAGGCAGAAAGGGAGGUGCUGAUCCCCGUCCGGGCACCCCGAGACCGAGACCGCAGCCCGGCGCGGGCCCCAGAAGCUUCCCCGGAGCCUCAGCGGAAGGCGGCCACGAGUGGAGCCGGGGCUGGGACGGGGGCCAGCCAGGAGCAGAGCAGAUCCCGGCUGGGCUCCCCAACAGGGGGCGACCCUACCACCCAGGCGCUGGCAGAGCACAUCGUAUCGGGGAUCCUGCAGCAGCUAGCCGGCAGCCCCGAGCCCGGGUCGCCCACACGCUCCAUCCCCGACACCAAAGUCACCUACGUGGGCCGGGAGGAGCGUCCGGACGACGGGACCACCCAGACUGAGAUCGUGGUGGAGUCCAAGCAGACGGAGGAGGUGGACGUGUCCGACAAGGCCGGGCUGGAUGCACUCCUGAAUACGGACACCUUGGAGGCCGAGCUGAUGGGGGGCCAGGCCGAGCGGCUCAUCGGGGACCUGGUGCAGCGUGGGCUGCAGGGCCGGGCCCGCGUGGUCAACGUGGAGAUCGUGGAGGAGUCCCGGAGCUACAGUGAGCCCGAGGAGGAGGAGACGGCGGCGGGCGCGGCCCCGUUCCGGGUAGAGGAGGUGGACUCCUCCCCGGGGUCCGGGGACGAAAUGAGUGGCUUGGUUUGGGGGGGUCCCCGAGGGGAGAGAGCGCGGCGGCAGCUGCCUGGAAAGGGGGCCCCAGUGGAAGGAGCGACGCAGGUCGGGGAGUGGGUGAGGGAGCUCAGCUACUUCGUGUCCACCCCGGAUGACCAGCCGGGGGACCAUGAGGAUGAGGAGGGCUCCGUGUACGGGCAAGUCCACGUGGAGGACGAGGCCGCCGGUAGCUACUCCUGGCGGGACGAGCUGGUGCCCGGGGCCGGGCAGCGAGGGAAGAGGGACGAUGUGGGAAAGGAAGUGGGCGCAGGCCCUGCCCCCUGGAAGGAACGUUCUGGAAGUGGCCAGGUCCGCGCUGCUGAAUCUGUCGUGAUAGAGAAGGAAAUGAGGGUCCAUACCUCCGCGGGGGGCACCUCAUCCUGGGAGCCGGGGUCCCGGAUGAAGGAAGUGCUGGGGCAGCUAGAAGAGAAUCUUCCAGAACGCAUGAGGACGGAGCUGUCCACCAUCGCCCGCGAGGCCCAGGGUGGACCGGGGACUGUGUCUGUGGACGUGCAAAAGGUUCAGGCCGCGGGCGGUGGGGGCAUGACCUUUGUAGCCGAGGUCAAUCUCUCGCGCACACUGGAUGCCCACCAGGUGGACCUGGAGGAGCUGGACCGGGCCGGGACCGGGGAGGUGGAGCGGGCGGUCCAGGCAGUGGUCCGGGAGAGUUUGGCCAGGCGGCGUAGCCCCGAGCCAAGCAGCCCCCCAGACCACGAUGACAGGGAGAUCCCUGGGGCCGGGGUGCUCUUUAAGCGCUGGGCCACGCAGGAGCUCUACAGCCCGUCCACAGAGUCGGGGACGGGAAAGGCCACCGUGGAGGUCAGCAGCUGGGCCCGGUCGCCUGUGCGGGAUGAUGAAGGCCCGACUGUGAAGCGCAUUGAGAUCAGCCCCUCGGGCAUCUGGAGGACUGAGCCCGGCUCCCCCAAAGGCUCCGGGACGGAGGUGGUGCGGGUGGACGUGAGGAGCAAAGAGACGGCUGGGGCCCGGAGCCCACAGACCAGAAUCUUCUUCCCCACAUCAGUGACAGUGGACGUGCCUGACCCCAGGACCUGGAGAGACACUGGUGGGGGGAAGGAGGGGGCAGCCACUGGGGGGGGCCCCCUGUUCCCCAGGGAGCUGGGCAAGGAGCUGGCGAAGUCGGUGCAGAGCCCGAGGACAGAGGACCAGGGGCCGGUGGUGUCGGGGGAAAAGAAAGUUGCCCUCUUGUAUCUGGAUGACCAAGAGGAGCAGGACGAGGGCCAUUGGUUCUAACGAAGAGCAAGGUCCUGCCUUCCGGGUGUCCGUUUGGGGACACGCGCACUUCUACUUGUGUUAACGGUGGGGGCCGCUGGGCAGAGGGCCCCACCUUUUUAACAAAGGCUCUUCCAAGGGAGUUUUGCCCGUUCGCUUUGCAGUCUGUGAAGGGUUCCAGCUCAUUCACACCUUAAAACGAGAGGGUGGUGGGUUCUGAAAUUGAUCUUUGAGGGGGGCUUCGACAGAAAUCACUUUUCUUUCUGGAGACCUUCAAAGUUCCCCCCCCCACCCCCCCCACACACACCUGCUAUUUUUAUUUUUUGCUGGACUUCAUUUCUAGGGCUACUUUUGUUUGCACCAGCUCACGGAAAAGCCUCGCAUGAAUGUGACACUUGUGGAUCUAUUGAUCAGCUGCCUUCUGGGGUGUAAGGAGGAAAGUGUCUCUUGAAGAGGAAGUUGUAUUUUGCAUGUACUUGUAGGAAAUAGUCACCGAAAAUUGUAAGGAAAAAACAUCCUUUCCCAACCCCUUUUUCUUUCCAAAGUCUUAGAAAAGAAACAGAAUACUUAGUUUUUUGUUUU